GGCGGCCGACGGCGGGGCGGCUGCGGGCGGAGCGCGGCCGCGGCCCGCGGCACGAUGUCGGGCUGCCGCUGCCAGACGCUGUACCCCUUCUCCGGGGAGCGGCACCGGCAGGGGCUGCGCUUCGCCGCGGGGGAGCUGAUCACGGUACUGCAGGUGCCGGACGGCGGCUGGUGGGAAGGGCAGAAGGAGGACGGGCUGCGCGGCUGGUUCCCGGCCAGCUACGUCCAGCUGUUGGAGCAGAAACCCAGAAAGGCAACUCCUCAGACAGGAGAAGACACCUUGAAUGGCCAUCUUCCCCCCGGCUGGCAGAGCUAUAUGUCCCCCCAGGGCCGAAGAUACUACGUGAACACCUUCACAAAUGAAACGACCUGGGAGCGGCCAAGCAGUGUGCCUGGGACUCCAAAGAGCCCUGUGUCACAGAAGAGUUCUGCAGUGAAUGGCUACCACAUCUCCGGGACCCCGGUACACCAGCUUGACUCUGGUCAUGUGAGCCUCCGAAAAGCCAGUGCAGACCCUCAGACCCCCGGGUCCCCGGCGGCACCGCGGCGGCACAGCAAGGAGAGCAGCCUGACGAUAAACUGUGUGACUUUCCCCCACCCUGACGUAAUGCCAGAGCAGCAGUUGCUGAAGCCUUCGGAGUGGAGCUACUGUGAUUAUUUCUGGGCUGAUAAGAAGGAUUCACAAGGGAACAAUACAGUGUCUGGAUUUGAAAUUCUUCUUCAAAAGCAACUUAAAGGGAAACAAAUGCAGAAAGAAAUGGCAGAGUUUGUUCGAGAAAGGAUAAAGAUUGAGGAGGAAUAUGCUAAGAACCUGUCCAAACUGUCUCAGAAUUCCUUGGCUGCUCAGGAGGAAGGCACGCUAGGAGAGGCUUGGGCUCAGCUAAAGAAGAGUCUAGCUGAUGAAGCAGAGGUUCACCUCAAAUUUUCUUCUAAGCUUCAGAGUGAGGUAGAGAAACCCCUGCUCAACUUCAGAGAGAACUUUAAGAAAGACAUGAAGAAGUGUGACCACCACAUUGCAGACUUACGUAAGCAUCUGGCCAGCCGCUACGCAGCCGUUGAAAAGGCCCGGAAAGCCCUGUCAGAGAGACAGAAGGAUCUGGAAAUGAAAACACAGCAGUUAGAGGUGAAGCUCAGCAACAAGACAGAAGAGGAAAUUAAGAAGGCAAGACGGAAGUCCACUCAAGCAGGAGACGACCUGAUGCGCUGUGUGGAUCUUUACAAUCAAGCCCAGUCUAAAUGGUUUGAGGAAAUGGUGACCACCACUCUGGAGCUUGAGAGACUAGAAGUUGAAAGGGUGGAGAUGAUUCGGCAGCACCUUUGCCAGUAUACACAGCUGAGGCACGAGACAGACAUGUUCAACCAAAGUACAGUAGAGCUCGUGGAUCAGUUGCUUCGGAAAGUGGAUCCUGCCAAAGACAGGGAACUUUGGGUAAAAGAACACAAAACUGGAGAUAUCCGACCUGUGGACAUGGAAAUAUAGACUGAUCUGUAGUUGUAUGUGAUGAGUCCACUGAAUUAACCAGGCUAAUGUUGUGUUUUGAGGGGUCAGAAGAGCGUAGGGAAAAGGUUGUUCCACUACCAGACACCUUGUAAUUUAUGCCUGUACGGAGUAUCUCUGUUACAUUUAGUCAUUAAAAUGGUCCUCAUUGUGCUAAGCCUUAAGCACCAGACAUUCCAGGGUGAAGAAACCAGAUGUGUCCUACCCCACCAGAGGUUCCCAAUUGCACGCAGCUUCCAGAAGAAAUUUGCUUUCUGGUCCAGAGAGAGCUCUGUUCUUCAGUGACUUUGUGCUACAUCCCUUGCAUGACUAUCUUUAUACAGUAUGUUAGAACAACCAUACAGUGAGCCUCUGGCCAGCAGGUAGAUAACUAUUUGAACAUGGUGCAAGAGGCAAGGAAGUCCUAAUCAUGAAUCCCAGGUCUGUCACUGACUAUUUUCAUGGUCAUAGGCAAGUCAAUUAACUGUUCUGGCUCCCCCCAUCUAUAAAACAUGCAUAUCUCACAGCAGUGUUGUGCAAAUACCUUUAUUUCAUAUAACAGUUUCCCAGCAUGGCAGUGAAGUGAUGGCCCUUGUCCCAGAAUCUGGGGAGAAUACUCCUGUUCUUCCUGUUUUAUACUCCCUCUCAGGGAUACAUAAACCCAUUAUCAUCAUGAUCUCUGUCCUAGGCCAAUCGGUAAGGUUGAAGGUGUUACCAUCACUGUUAUUUAUCAGGAAAGACUUGGUUGUGCUAUACCUACCUCAUUAGCUGUCUGAGUGCCCUCAAUGACAGAAAGAGGUUAUAUACCAAGGGAUAAAUGAGAUGUUCAAAACCUUUCCUGCUUAUGCAAAGUGUUUUCUCACAGCAUCUCUUUAAAGACAUUUCAUUUGGGAUCCAGGUUUAAAUUGCCCUUUGUUGGUUCCUUCAGGUGAAUAUCACAGCCUUCAGAUGUCUUUAAGUACCAAGUUUGCCCAGCUAAAUGAUGGGGUUUAUCUUUUUAAAGCCUGAUUUUCAAAGGUACCACGAAUCAGUGAUGGUAGAUGGCAUUAAAUGUAUGAGUAGGUGCCUGGCACUUCUGCACCACCAGAUUCUUAACCUUAGGUUUUUCCUUUGUUGUCCUUACCACAAACUACCUGCCCAACACUGCUCUUGGCACGUAGUGUUAUGUAGUUUGGAGACUGGUUUGGAAAAGGUAUUGAUUUUCUUCUCCUGCUGUUAUUUCUGAUUUUCUUCUCCUGCUGUUAUUUCUGAUUGAUUCACUAUUUAAUAUCUUUUCCUUGAUUUCAUACAAUGACAAGUUUCUUAAGAUUCUUGCUUUAGGUCCAGCAGAAACCUUGAUUCUCACCACUGUGGCCUUCACUCAGUGUUUACUCUCUUCUAUCUACAAUUUCCCAAACUGUUGCUACUUCAUUCGAUCCACAAGUUAUGCUUCACUUUAUCUCAUUGUUCCCAUUCUUUUUUCCCCUGCAGCCAAAAUUGCAUCCUCCUUUUGUUCUACUACUACUACACUAGGUUUUGGUUCCCCAGCCUCAAAUUCCUGUGAUUAGAUCAUUAAGAAUUAAUCUUCCCCUUUACAAACUGAGACACAGACAAGUCUCAACCUCAAACACAUUUUUGAUGUUGCUGCAGUGUUAUUUUUUCUGGUUUGUUAUUUCAGACAGAAUUGUGCUGCAUUUUCCUGUUGUUUCCUGUUUCUCAACCAUCUCUUUAUCAGUAUUAGAUUAGUUCCUGUCUUGCAAAUGCAUUCACAACCCACGUGUUUUCUGCAUCAUGAACCUUUAUAAGCCUUUGCCCGUUGGCAAGCACAAUGCCAUGGCCACUGCAUGCCCAGGCUCCUGAUGUGACACCUCCUGUGCUGCACUUGCAUUACAUGCUUCUGAAUUUGUGACUCCUGUUUUCUCUUUGGUGUUGGAAGCACCUGGCAUGCUCUUGUGUGAGACUCUCACAAGUUCCUGCAAAGGCCACUGCAAUGGAGAUAGAAUGUGGUUUGCCUGAGCAUCUCAUAGUCCAUGAGCUCUGUUGGAGUACAUGUGCUUUGCUAGACUUCUGCUGCUUGAGCAGGGAAGUUUUGUGAUGACCUCUCCUUUUUCUUCCUAUCGAUUCACUCCUUGUCCUAUUAAUUUUUUGGCAUACCAAUGUAUGCUUUUCCUAUCUCUACCAUGCACUUUGGAGGACAGGCACUUUUUCUUCUUUAAUUUAAACCACAGGUACAGGGUGAGCUUUCAAAACUUCAAUGACCAAAAAUAACUGGAGUACUUAAUAGCUGCAUCUCAGGUCAACCCCUGUAUUCCAAGCUGUAUUGUUUUGAUUGCAAAACCAAGCUAGUUGUGCACUUUAUACAGAAUUCUCCUUAAUAAAUACCUGAAAUAGAAAUCUGUUAUCAGUUACACUUUAUUUUUCCUCUUUCUUUAAAGAUGUUUGUUAUUUUAUCUGUUUUAGACUGGAGACACUGACCAUUUGCCCAGGCUUCUAUGAGGACUGAAAUGUAUUUUGGUUUCUCUAUUAAGUGUAUUUAAGCUGCUCUCAACUUUCAGUUGUAUUUUCGGGUACAUUUUUUUCUUUCCCCUUCUGUUCUAUUUCAUCAGUUUUCCUACUUGUAGUUUUUAGUCCAUUGAAGCAUUGCAGGAAUGUGUGAGCUGCACAGAAUGCCAAAUCUUUGGCUGCAGUCUGAAUCUCUUUUUCAUCUCAAUAAUCUGAGGAGAGAGCUUGUACCUGGCUGUUAAUCUUCACCAGACCCAGUGAACUGUUGCACAAUAUUGCUCUGGAGUGGGUGAGAUGCUUCUUCCAGAGCAAGCCUUUCAUCUGUCCAUGGUGGAAGUGUUAGGGAGGUCUUUACUGUUGCAGUUUAUUUCCUACAUAACAUGAUAAUCUCUUGUGGUACGACACUGCAGACCAUGGGAUCAGUGUUACCUGGCUCCUUCACUUCUCUGGCUGAUGGAGCCUGGACAGUGUGAUGCUUUACAAGCCAAGGAGUGCUGGAGCCUUUGUGCUUUUGAAUGGGCAGCAUCUUCAGAGAAGGUAGUGGCAUGUUUGAAGAGAAGCAUGGACACCUGCCCUCAUGUCUGUUCCUAAGAAGGUAACUCUGAGAGUUUGAGCAUUGCUCUGAUCUUCUUCCAUUGAGUUACAGAAGUGCAGUUGAACCCGGUCUUUCCUUGUGUGAUAACUCAUCCUAAACAACUCCUCCAGAGCAAAAUCAAGCUUCAUGUUAUGUUACAACAGCGUGUGAAAAGCAUGAUGGUGUUGCAACAUAACUGAUUAAUAGGAAUAGCAAAAUAAGUGUCUUGCCACCAUAGGUACUGAGCUUAAGGGUUUUGUCCAAGCAGGUGGGUUCACAAACUUGAUGCAAGUUUUCACUGUUCUAGUCACUAGAGGUAUUGAUCCUUUGCAGUUGAGUGACAGGAGUGUCUUGCAUCUUCAUAUGGCUCUGGUCAUGGAGCAGAAGGUGAAAUUCCAAUUAGCACUGUUUGCCUUCACCCAAAGAAGCACAACUAGUUGAAAUCUGACUCGUGUUCUCACCUGGUAGCUCUGCUUGCCCAGGUCUUUUUUUAAAGCUCCCUGUGUUGCAGGAGUCCUGCUACUCCUGCCAAGCUCCCUCUGUAUUGAAGCAAUAUGGUCAUGUCCUUGUCUUGUGUCUUCCUGGAGAUCUCAGCUUUAGCCAGAGCAUUUUGGCACUGAGCUCAAGGGCUCUGUGAAUUCUUAUAGCUUCAGACGAUUGAACAUCUGAAAGACUUCAGUUACUCCCUUGUAGGAUUGUUACUUCAUUAUUUCACACUGGGGACUUUGGAGAUGGCUUUAAUGAUUGUAGUUAAAUGUUAAAAUAUUGUAACAGCAGUGAUAGUCACAUGGAAAUCUCUGCUAGGUUUCUAAAAUGUUUUUGCCCCACUGUAGCCCUGCCUGAGUUGCUGGGAGUUGCUGUGCUCCCCUUCACACUGCACAGCUACAGCACACACUGAAAUCAUUCCUCCUUCCCUGCACAGCAGGCAGAAGCAAACUAGUGCUCUUUAUCCUUUGGGCAUCUGCUCAGUUUCAUGUGGCAGAAUUAGUUACUUUUUGUUUAACUGGCAGCCCCAUGCUGUCAUGUCCCUGUGUGUAGCUGUCUUGUGACAGUGUGCUGCACGCAGAGAAUCUUUUUUCGGGAGGUUUUGUUGUUUGGGUUUUUUUCUUCUAACAGAAAUUUUCUGUAAAACAUUCACAAGAAACUUCUACAUGUCCAGCAGAAGCCAAAGUUUCUCAGAAGCUCUCUAUAAAUUUGUCCCUGUUUUUAAUGUCAUUGUUUAAAUAUAAAUAAUAUUUAGACUCUGUGUGGAAAUGUGUACUCCUCAUCUGCUCUUUGCAAGUGCUCAGCACUCCAGUUCUUGGAACACAACAGGAAGCAUUUAGGUAAUGAGAGACUUUGAAAAUCAGGCUAACUAACAGAAAUGCACAAUCCUCUUUUCUCCUUCCUUGGGUACAUGUAUAAGGUAAACAUUAAGGAAUUAGAAUCUCACAUACUUAAUGCAUAAGACCUAGCUGCUCUGCAUGCAGUUCCCAGCAGCUCCACGAGUGACCCAGCAUCAGGUUGUGGUAGGAGCACAGCUGCAGAACAUGGUCGUACAGCUCACCUUCUCAUACAGCUGCAAAAAGCCAAAUGGAAAAUAAAGUGGAAAAAAUAGUUCUGCCCAUCUAUUUCUUCAGUCACACACAGGGAGAAAUAGAGCACUGCCUACCCAGGUGGGUCCUUCACUAUCAAGCACCUUAAGAAAUCCAGACCAGCACCUUGAAGGUCCCCCUGGAAUGAGUAGGUGUGACUUCUUGGUGUGAUCAGUUUAUUGUUUCCUUCUGAACUGAAAACAUAUUUGCUGUUUUGUAGUAGCUAGUGUGGUCUUUGGCAGUAGUGCAACCUGCUGGGUCUGUUCCCAGAGGUGGCAGUCAGAGGGUGGUGACCUGGAGGUGGGACAUUUCUUCAAAACACAAUGUCAAAAAGGGGAGCUCUCAAAAUUAUGAGUUUUCCUGAUCACAGACCUUUCUGGAAAGUCUGUAGGCUUUUUCUACCCAGCACGUGUUGAAGUAGGAGAAUGAGGUCCCAGAAGUUGCCAAAGUGUUGCUGUGAAGGCGUCUGGCUGUAGGGCAUUCCUCCAUACAGUGGAUGGGCAUCCUUUGCGUAUCAGGGAUGCCAGACAUUUUAUCAGAGGAGCCUGCUGGUCACAUUUAACUUAGCCAGGUGGGCAAUAGUCACAGAUGGAUUCAAGUUAAAACCAGGCACAUAGGGCAGGAAAACAUUUAUCUACCCCAGUGGCUUUUGAACUUCUCAACAGGAGGCACUCAUCUCCCUCAGACCCUGGCAGGUCCAGUAAGGCUCAUCACUCUCCGAGUUCUGCUUAGCACAUGAAAAUCAGUGAUGAAACGUUCCCUCGUAUCUAUUACUUGACACAGGGCUCACCAGCUAGCACCUGAUGACUACAGAAUGGCUUUUGGUGUCUGGCAGCGCUGUGAUGUCCUGUGCCCUUGCACUGAACUGACUCCAAGUCAGGCAGAGAUGUGGCAAGCCCACGUGCAGGUAUCCUCCAGGAGCUCAGAGCACAGUCUUUCUGUUGCAUAAUGAUGACGAAGUCUUCCCUGUCAGUAAAUCCUUGUCUUUUCCUCAGAAGCACUACUGUAUAAGUAAUAUUCAUUCUUUUGUCUUAGAGCAGAUCUUAUUCAUGUAAAUGUGCAUCUUUCCUCUUCAUUGUUACUCCAUCAACCCUCCAUCACUGAGAUACACCAGCUCUCAGGAUCUUUCAUGUUGAGUUUUCAUAGAAUGUCUCUAUUGCUUUAAUGUGCUGACCAAACUCCAUGCUUUGGGAUAUGUUCUGAGGGUGGUAAGUUCGUGCUUGUUGAAGGGUCUUCUUUUGGUUUCUGUUUGGGAUUGUUCUUAUCAGCCACUGGGUUUGGAAGUGCAAUGACUCCUGUUUGUGCUAGUCACAGUUUGUUUUUUACCUGGACAUUUUUUUCUGAAGGGACCAACACACAGCACAAUCUGACUUCAGUUUCUAAUCCCAUUCAUUCCUCAAGGGUGAAACCUUUUGUGCCUAACAAUGCAUUUAAUUCUAAGAAUUGUGCAUGGAUAAAGUCCUCUGUAGAUCAAUAAAAAAAUAAGUCUUAGGUUAACUGCAUAAUAAUUACAGGAAAAAAAAGAGAAACAUUCAAAUUUAAUUCCCUCAACUUACAUUAAGUUAAACUAUAUCAGGUGUGUCUUAAGAGAAGAACUCAGUGGAUAUUGAGAGGAAAAGCUUUUUAGCUGCUGUAAUUCAGGUUCAGUGGGUGGACAAGACUAUAAUUUUGAAUAUAUCAAGUCUUUCAAGACUACUUUAGUAAACAACCAACCGAGUAAAUGGCUUGUAUCACAACCCUACUAAAAUUCUGCCAGUAGUUCCCCUUGAAGUGCCUCUUUAAAUUAUAUCUGCUACAAGCACAUAAAAUACAGAUUCACCCUACAAAUUCCAAAACUCAGGAGCAGCCAGAAUGCACAGAUGUGUGCAGGAUUCUCAGCCCUCUUUACUUGCUCUGCACUGUGCAUUCAUUUAGGACAUCCACAUAACCAGGAAACCUGCCCUUUUCUCACUGAUCAUUUACUGUCCAGCACAGUCAUCCUAAAUUCUUGAUGCUGAAAAUGGAGUAGGAAAUGUUAGGCUUCAAAGCAACUGCAUUGAAGGAGUGUUGUGAACCUAAUCUUCUGAAACACCUUUCAGUAUGGGGGUCUCAGUAGAAUAAGCAGGAAUAUCUGCAUAAAAAUAAUUGAGUAAGUGGCAUUUGGGAGCUGUGUAAGCCUUUAUUGUGGAAAAUGAAAGUUUUUAAACCCUCUUCUGUUUUAAAAGCAGUUGCUGAGAAGACAUUUUCUGGUACUGGAAAGCUAAAGCUGAAUAGUGAAUUUUUGGGGGGAUUUCACAUCUGCAUGACAUGACAAUCUUAGUUGUUUGAAUUUGGAAAUGCUUGACCUGAAAUCCCUCGUUCCUUUGGAGUCUUUUGAUGUGAUGGCUGAGAUUUUCAGCACAGCCUAAGGAGUUCAGAUGUCCACGUAACCACUCUUUUACUCCAGCAUGUCAAAAACACUCUUUAGGGAUAGCAGCCUCUGUCCAUCAUGAAAAAAGCAGGUACUAGUAUUGAAUAAAUCUUUUCUCCUCCUUAGAUGGUUUGCUUGCUUUCAGCAGCCCAACACAAUGUGAAAAUUCCACCCAGCAGUUGUGCAGACAUUCUACCAGCAGGGAUUCAGAGUUGGGCCAGGUCACCAGUCAUACACUAAAACAGUUUUCUACUAAAAUAAAGUUGCUUAUUUGGUCCUUUUUGUGUAACUUUUGCUAAAUACUUCUAAAUUUCUAGGAAAGUUGUCUUUUGCCAGUACUAAUGACUUAUUUUUAAAGGUGUUUAACCAAAAUUUUGUAACUUUCCAUGAAUUUUGGCUGAAUAGACCCCUUAAAUAGUUUAUGUAUCAUGCUGCCUCUGUCUGGGUAACGAGUGAGUCUUGGAUCAUUGUGCAAAUUCACAGAUGGCUUUUGUUCCAUAAGGACACACGAAGGAAUCACUGAACUUAAAGUGAAUGCAGAGAAGAUUUAAGGGGCAGAUCUUCAGCUUGGGUAAGCUGGCAGAGUUCGUUGGAAGCUACUUGAUGUCAGCUGUGGAUCUUGUCCUUCAGUGUUGAAGGCAUUUCCUAUACAUAAUUUUUCUGUCUUACUGUAAAACAAUUUCAUAUGGUUAAACUGUAUUUUCCUAUAUUGUUCUGCAAGUUUGUAUGCACCACAGUGCUCAUCUCAUCUCCUGUAAAAUAAACUGUACAGAGACACAUCGAGCAUGGAA